AUGGAAGAUGAAAAGGAAAAAUGGACUGAUAACAAGUGGCGGGAUAUAUGCCUGCAUACAAACAGGAAGAAGAAGAACAUUCUGGUGAGGAUGGAGAAGAAGAAGAAGUACCCAAUAGGACCGGAGCACUAUACGCUCUACGAGGAGGUCGGCCAAGGUGUGAGCGCCUCUGUACACCGUGCCCUGUGUAAGCCCUUCAAUGAGGUUGUUGCCAUCAAAAUCCUCGACUUCGAAAGAGACAAUUGUGAUCUGAAUAACAUUUCACGUGAAGCGCAAACAAUGAUAUUGGUUGAUCAUCCAAAUGUCCUCAAAUCACAUUGUUCCUUUGUUAGUGAUCAUAAUCUGUGGGUUGUCAUGCCUUUUAUGGCCGGAGGUUCUUGUCUUCACAUUUUAAAAGCCGCAUACCCAGAUGGUUUUGAGGAAGUAGCUAUAGCCACUAUAUUACGUGAGAUUCUGAAGGGUUUAGAGUAUCUACACCAUCAUGGACACAUUCAUCGAGACGUCAAAGCUGGGAAUAUCCUUAUUGACUCACGUGGUGCAAUCAAGCUUGGGGACUUUGGUGUCUCUGCUUGCCUUUUUGAUAACGGUGAUAGGCAAAGGAUGAGAAAUACAUUUGUGGGAACACCUUGUUGGAUGGCACCCGAGGUUAUGGAGCAACUACAUGGUUAUGAUUUUAAGGCUGACAUAUGGUCUUUUGGUAUAACUGCAUUGGAGCUUGCCCAUGGCCAUGCUCCUUUCUCAAAAUAUCCUCCAAUGAAGGUACUGCUUAUGACCUUGCAAAAUGCACCGCCUGGUCUUGAUUAUGAAAGGGAUAGAAAAUUCUCCAAGUCUUUUAAGCAAAUGAUUGCUAGUUGCUUGGUAAAAGAUCCUUCAAAACGACCGUCUGCCAAGAAGUUGCUGAAACAUUCUUUCUUCAAGCAAGCUCGGUCAAAUGAUUAUAUUGCACGAACACUUCUGGAGGGGCUGCCUGCUCUUGGUGAUCGCAUUAAGGAAUUAAAGAGAAAAGAAGAGUAUAUGCUUGCUCAAAAGAAAAUGCCAGAUGGUCAAAAGGAGGAGAUUUCCCAGAAUGAAUAUAAACGUGGAAUUAGUGGUUGGAACUUCAAUAUUGAAGAUAUGAAGGCUCAAGCUUCUCUAAUCCAAGAUGUUGAUGACCCUACUCUUGAUAGUAGUCAACUGGAGAGUUGUAGCUCGUUGAGUACUCUUGAUCCACAACAAAAGCAAUCAAAAUAUCAAAAUUUAUUCCCAGUUGCAGACAUGGAAGAUAAUGAUGUGAUUCGGAACCAACAAGGUCCUCUUGCAUUUGUUAACACAACUUUUCACGAUGCCAGAGUUAAAAAUGACAAAUCAGACGACGAUUCUAGCAUAGCUAGUCAUGGCCAUGAGCUACAUAUGUCAAGGAAUUCUUCACCACACAGCCUUGAAAGCAAUCUCACUGAGAAGCCUAAUGUAGAUAUUAUUGGAAGAAUGAUAGAUCCUAUGACUGGGAAUUCUCAUCAUAGAAGGCAAUUCUCAACAGGCAGUUUUAUUAUAUUAGAGGCUGUAAAUAUUGAGGAACUAGAUGAGAAGGUAAAGGCACCAGUUGUUCAACAAAAAGGACGUUUCAAAGUCACAUCAGAGAAUGUUGACCUAGAAAAGGUUGUCGUUCCUAUUCCUAUACUACAAAAAAGUCACAGCUUACAGGUUCGUAGUUUUGAGGUAAUCAGUAUGAAUCUCGCAAAUCCUCUACAAUCAUCAGCUCUGCCAUCACCCUUAGCUCCAUCACCACUAACUAAUCCUUCUGAUGUCAUCUCACCAACUCUACCGGGCUAUUCUCUUGAGACUAUUCUUGCUGUAUUGAAACAAAUUGUGGCAGACUUCACAGCCAACCGUUCAGCUAAUAGAGGAUCCACCCAAGUGACUUAUGGGACAGAUAAAUCUUUGCCUCAAGCUAGUGAGAGGGAGGUAGAAUUAACAAAUGAAAUAUCUGAUUUGUUGAAGAGGCUUGUGAUUGCCCAAGAUGAGCUACAAAAAUUAAAAUUAGACCCUGCCUAA